CGGUCUCUUCUAAACUACACAAACAUCCUUGUGUUUCCGUGUGUGCGUGCAAACGAGCGCACAUGUUGGAUUUUAUUGAAUGUGCAGCUUGGUCACAUUUUGCCUUUCUUCCUCGGUUUUAUUGAAACACAUGAUGGACAGCUUGCUUGUGUGUCUUCAGCGGUAUGUGGUAAAAACGGUUUUCAGCUCCAUUGCAGCAUCUUCAAGUGUCACAGUCGCACUGAAGUGUUCAAGAGGAAGGUGAGACUUUCUUACAAUAAGUAGGACAUGACAGCAUUGGAGUGACUUUUAGAAAAAUCUUUCAACCUCAGCGUUAAAACACUGCAGACGUCAUUAAAACUGUUCUAAUGGAAGCUCAUCGUACUGCCACACACUGGACAUGAGCACUACUGUCUCUGCACUGGCUUGUUUUAGCCUCUUCGCCCUGACUCACAGCAUGUUGUACAGUUUCAUGUUUGCAUGAAGCAUUUUCAUUUGACUCGGUGUUUUCUGCAUGCUGGAGUUUCAGGAGUUCAGAUCCUCACUCCCACGCUUCUGUUCGACCUGAUGGUUUUAUGACUUCAGCUGAUUUGCACAAGUUAUGAAAUGAGGUAUGAAAUGAGCAUGCGAGCGUCUCUGGAGCCACUAAUCUUUCCAAAGAGAAAAUCCAGGGCAACGCGCUGAAAAGUUCGUGUGCGCAAGAGGAAUGUAAACGCUGACUAUUGUGCGCAGAAACAAUGCGUGUCCGCACUCCUCGUAUCUGUGUCGGGCUGUCGCUCUCAGGGAACAAAAGUCUGGACUCGGGCUUGUGCAGCUCUCUUUGUUCUGCUCACAUCCUUGUGUUUGUAACACUAUCGUGUCAUCGCUGCAGCGCUCAGUGUGCACAGCGGGGCCACACCUCUCCGCUACAUACACUCCCCCCACGGCUGUCCACGCGCAGUUCCGCGUUGCUGCCGCAUUUAAAUCCUGCAGAGUUUCCUCAAACCCGCAGUUCCAGCGACUCAGCGGCACCAUGUCCGACAGCAGCACCUUCGACACCAACGUGGUCACCAUGACCCGCUUCGUCAUGGAGCAGGGCAGGAAGGCCAAAGGCACGGGGGAGCUGACCACGCUGCUCAACUCGCUGUGCACGGCGGUGAAGGCCAUCUCCAGCGCUGUGCGCAAAGCUGGGAUCGCCCACCUACGCCUCUUUGUAGAAGGGAAAUACAUCGUGUGCUUUGAUCCUUUGGACGGCUCCUCCAACAUCGACUGUCUCGUCUCCAUUGGCACCAUCUUUGCCAUUUACAAAAAGACCACAGAUGAUGAGCCCUGUGAGAAGGACGCUCUGCAGCCCGGCAGGAACCUCGUGGCAGCGGGCUACGCCCUCUACGGCAGCGCCACCAUGGUAGUGCUCUCCACCGGCCAGGGAGUCAACUGCUUCAUGCUCGACCCGGCGAUCGGGGAGUUCAUACUGGUCGAGCGGGAUGUGACGAUGAAGAAACGAGGGAAGAUUUACAGCUUGAAUGAAGGUUAUGCAAAGUACUUUGACCCUGCUGUCACAGAGUACCUGCAGAACAAGAAGUUCCCUCAGGACGGCAGUGAGCCCUAUGGCUCCCGCUACAUUGGCUCUAUGGUGGCAGAUGUGCACAGAACGCUGAUGUAUGGAGGGAUCUUUUUAUACCCAGGAAAUACGAAAAGCCCCAAGGGAAAGCUGCGCCUGCUGUACGAAUGCAACCCCAUGGCCUUCAUCAUGGAGCAGGCGGGCGGCAUGGCCUCCACGGGCUUCGAGAACAUCCUGGACAUCCAGCCUGAGAGCAUCCACCAAAGAGCUCCUGCUGCUAUGGGCUCCAGCGAGGACGUGCUGGAGUACAUCGCCAUCUGCCAGAAACACGCCAAGAAGUGAGACCGCACGGGACUCACACAGCGGUCCUCCUGUUGGGAUGCACGUUACCGCCUCUGUAAUGAUGGUUUUUAUGUAAAAAUGGGUUUUAAAGACCAAAAAUGUGAAGAGAUUUGGAGGCACGGUGUUUUCAUGCCACGUUAGCGCUCCCAUUUUUAAGAGGUGCUUCAUAAGUUCACAUACUGCUAAACAAAAGCUACCAAAGACCAAAAAUGUGCCAAAACACACAAACGCACUUCAGUCUGAGACCUUUGCUCCUCAGUUUACCUCCAGUUGUGCCUUAAAUCAAAGAGACAUUCCAGAUGUGCAAAAGACCAAAAACAGCCUCUUUGCAACCAAACGUGAUUCUUUUAUUAUGUGAAAUAACAGCUGUUUGGAACAAUGAAGUCUCUCAAUAAAUGAUAAGAACGAG